AUGGAGAAUAAACUGAGGGUUGCUGGAGGAGUGGUGGAUGGGGAAUGGCUCUCAGACCUAGUUUGCAGCAACACGGCUAAAUGCACCAAGAAGGUCGGAAUCGUGGGCAAAUAUGGGACCCAUUAUGGUGCCUCCCUCAGAAAGAUGGUGAAGAAGAUUGAGAUAAGCCAGCAUGUCAAGUACGCUUGCUCCUUCUGUGGCAAAACCAAGAUGAAAAGACAAACUGUGGGGAUAUGGCAUUGUGGCUCCUGCAUGAAAACCAUCACUGGUGGCGCCUGGACCUUUAACACCACUUCUGCUGUCACAGUAAAGUCUGCCAUCAGAAGACUGAAGGAGUUUAAAAACCAGUAGAAGCGCCACCAUUUGAAACAUUGCUAGCCUAUAAUAAAUGGGUUAAUUUAUGU